CACACACACACACACACACACCCUCACCUUACCUCUCUUCCUGGUCCUUUCUCAUCCCUCCAUCUCACAGACACUUUCAGGGAAAGGAAAGUCCGAUCUUGUUAAUCCAUUUUUAUAUCAUAGCUAUUCAUGAGUUGCCAUUUCUGAUGUCAAAGUGUCUUCAGUGGAUUCAUUUGAACUCAAAAAUCAACGUCAAUUUCUAUUUCCUCUUGUGAAUAAAUCGGUGUUUAUGUCGGGUGAGUUAGUGGGGCCUUUGAUUUCACCUUACAUUUAUUUAUGCAUAAGGUUGCGUUUAUUGUCAAAAGCGUAUACCCCAUCUACAUGAUAACCCUCCUCAUUUUGGUACAGUAUUCUGCCUCAAAUAAUAGUAUUGUGUAGAAUAUUCAAAUGAGCUAAAAACGUACAUGGUAAUCUAGUAUCAAAAUGUAGUUGGCAAAUGUUUUAUAUAUUUUUGAUGCAUGAUUUAUUAUUUAUGUUUGUCUUGCAAGUAUUAAAAGCUCAAGGAAGUAUACUAUAUUGUUGAAAAGACAGCUUAAUUAUAGAAAUUGGUGAAGAUAUUCAUGUGGAUGAAAUAAAUUAGGGAAACUGGUUUGUAAAAGUCACCUACUUCUACAAACCAGAAAUUUGCUCAGAUUCAUCUCUAUGUUCACAUGAAAUUUGAGUGGCCAAAUAUGAAUUCAUCUUUUGGGGAAGGUUUUGCAAAUGGUAAGCGCAAACUAGGGUUAGUAAAACAGAAGUUGUACCAUCAUGAAACCAUGUCCCCGCGACAAACGUUAAAGCUUCUUAAACUUCUCUCCCCGUCUAAAACUUCUAAUUUUGACCUUAAUCUGACAGGCAAGCCCUUUCAUAAAACUUAAACAGGAAGAAAAACUCCUGUAAAAUCUUCAAUUAGGUAAAAAACAAAAAUCGAUUUAACCCAUGAUAAUAGGAAAGAACAUUUGUAUUUAUUGUAUAGAUUUUAUUUUCAAAUAAAAUAUUUCAUAGGGACCUGAUUAUAUUUUCUUAAAAUCAAAAAUGUGUAUCAGAAUAUUUGAAGAUGCAUGAAUGUAUUCUUUUCACAAAUGUUUGCCAUUCUCAAUUUGUAGAAUCCCAUUUUAAAUCCCUGCCUUAUUGCUCAUUGGUGCACUCGGUCUGAGCCAUAUAUAGAUGCAUAUUUACCCAGCAUGCCAUGCUGGACGGUUCAUAAUUAUGUCCUGGGCAAUAGGCAAUAUCAUAAUUUAAAAGUUUCCUCUGUAUAGUGAUGAUUCUCUAACCUGAAUCGUUUGUAAAGCUGGAUUGUGUGUGCUUCAUUAGACAUCUAGUUUAAGAAUAAAAAACAUAACUAUCAAGACAUACUUCAUACAUGGAGUAUGUCUACGACUAGAGGAUUUGACACUUUUCUAACUCUGGGUGUCAUGGUCAUACACCUAUGAGCUUAGUUUACCAAAUUAAUUGUUAUUUAGUGGGGUUUCCAUACACCAACAAAACGUAAUCUCUGUCCAGGGCGUUUUAUAUGCUAUAGUUCCCCCAUAGACGCACAAUGUGUUGAUGCUACAAACUGAUAGGAAUUUUGUCUGCUGUGACCCCUUAUUCAAAGUUAUGUCUUUUUUUUUCCAAUUUUAGGUUUGUGUACAAUCCAUACAACCUCUUGCAUAUUAUCUAUAUGAAUUAUCAGCUUUGUUUCUUUAUAUAUAUGUCCUGUUCACCCUGCAUGGCCCCAUAUGUGUAAGACCUAUGACUUUGUACAUUUCGAACAGAAAUACUAUUGUAAGAUGUCAGCAUGUGUUGUGAAAUGCAGGAAGUGUUGAAUAGAAUUGAAGUCUUCAUUAGUGUGCUCUAAUUGUUAUAAAACACUAUUAAUUGGUCCCAUGCAUGCAUUGGACAAAUGUAUACCAGAUGUUUUGGAAUUUAAUAGCUAUUCUAGGUGAUGUGAGUGCGGUUCCCAUGGUGCAACGUGCUUGGACUUGAAAGAUGUAGUCCCCCUGAUCCCAUGUACAGCCUCCACUGCCAAUGUGGAGCAACUCCAAACCCAUCCAUGUUUUAGUGUUCGGUUGAGGCUUUUGUGUUAUAACCAUUCUAACUGCCCCUAGUUGUCACAAGUGCAGAUACUAACAAAAGUAAAAAUGGUCACCAUUGCAGAAUACUAACAAACGUGAAUCCUAGGCUUUUAAUCAUAUCUGAUGCUGUGAUGCUGUGUGUCGCCAUGUUCUCUGCUGUAAAUGGCCGAUCUGUAACUCAUUCACGUGAAGAGGGGACGGGUACCUCCCUGUGUGGGUCUACUUAGGGGACAUUCAGGUUCAUUUUGGGAGCCUUCCUCUGACUUCCCCUUCUGGAUAUAUGUGAUCCGACGGCAUCCAGGCGACUCGCUCCCCAAAGUCGCCUAUACAUUCCAUCCCAUCUCUUCCCUUGAUAGGUUUACUGUGUUGAGAACUUGAUUUAUGUAACCCGGGGGGGGGGGUGCUAUCUAGAUGGGUCUGAUGCAUUCACAUGUCCUCAACUGUGACGACCCAGGGACACCCACUGCAGAGGGCCCUCUGCUGUCCGUCCCCCCCCCCCCCCCAACCCGGGCUAUGGUUUGCAAAAAAAAAAAGUUGUAUUGGUGUUUUUUUUGUGGUUGCAGUAAACCCUUUUCUUUUCAUGAUGAUGGCUCGUAUGUCAUACUGAGUUUAUGCGUGUGCCUUGUGAAUAAACAUGUAUGAUGAAUUGGUGUAGGUCGAGAUAUAUUUCACUUUCUCUGCUCUUUUAAGUCCCCUUGUUAUGUAUUGUCAAUGGAUGUUGUUAUUGAUCAUGUGUCUGGUGUAUAGGUCUACGGGGAACAGUGUGUAUUGUCAUCACUAUUGCAAUAUCAAUGGCUUGGUGAUGUGGGGAAAAUAUUGUUCAGUUUAUAGUUUAUAUAGAGUUUAUAGAUGGCAUAUUGUUAGCGCAGAAAUCCAUUCAUUUCGAUUAAAUCAGGCAAAAUCCUAGUUUUUAAUUUAUUUUCAUGUGAGUAUAAGAAAGUGUGCAAUCCUGGUUUUUUUUCAAUUUCAAUGCAGGUAGAAAAAAAUAUUUUCUGCAGAUCAUUAUUCGAAUGUCAUUACGGUAGGUGUUAUUACAAUGUUGCAACAAUGCGAUAUUUGCAAUUUGAGGACUAUGUGAGGAAAAUCCUUCUCAUUGCAGACGGAUCCAUCUACCUUGUGGCCCGCCUACAAGGCGUGGUGUUGUAUCCCAUUUCCUAAACUAUUUCAUUGGAGGGGGGAUCCUAAAACAGCAUCUAUGGCCGAGCUCGAGGGGAAGCUGACACAAUGUUUUUUACAGCAACGCUCUGAGAUUGAUUAAUCAACUCAUCACCUUUCAAUUAGGGUCCUGUAAACAAAUAAAACAGCAGUGAUGCCGCCCCCAUCUGACAUUGUGAAAGUUGCAAUUGAAUGGCCUGGUGCCAAUGCGCAGCUUAUUGAGAUCGACCAGAAAAAGCCUUUGUCUUCAAUUGUGAGGGAGGUAUGUGAUGGGUGGUCGCUGUCUGGGGCAGAGCAGUUUGCCCUCCGAUAUGCAGACGGGCCCCAGCUCUACAUCACAGAGCAGAGUCGGUGUGACAUCAAGAAUGGAACCAUCCUGCGCUUAGCCAUUUCUCCUGCCCGUGCAGCUCGUCAGUUGCUUGAAAGGAUCCAGUCCCAUGGCAUCGACGCGCGCCUGGAGGCCCUGAAGGAGCUGGCCAAGCUCUCCGCCGACCCCACCUUCGCCGCCGAGUUCAUCACCAUGGAGGGCAUUGGCACGCUGGCCCGGCUCGUGGAGAGUGGCACUCACUUUGGCGAGAUGCUGGCGUUCACCCUCACAGCCUUUCUAGAGCUGAUGGAUCAUGGCAUAGUUUCCUGGGACCUUCUUUCCCUCUCCUUCAUAAAACAGAUCGCAGGCUACGUGAACCAGCCCAUGGUGGACGUGUCCAUCCUGCAGCGCUCGCUGGCCAUCCUGGAGAGCAUGGUGCUCAACAGCCACAGCCUGUACCACCGCGUGGCCCAGGAGAUCACCGUGGGACAGCUCAUCGGCCACCUGCAAGUGUCCAACCAGGAGAUCCAGACCUACGCCAUCGCCCUCAUCAACGCUCUGUUCCUGAAGGCCCCCGAGGACCGGCGACAGGCGGAGUGUACUAACCCACUGGAUCAGCAGCUCACUGAGAUGGCGAGCACUCUGGCUCAGAAACACCUGCGCUCCAUCAUCCUCAAUCAUAUCAUCAGAGGAAACCGGCCAAUCAAAGCAGAGAUGGCCCAUCAACUUUAUGUUCUUCAGGUGCUGACCUUUAACCUUUUGGAAGAACGUAUGAUGACCAAGAUGGAUCCGAAUGACCAGGCUCAGAGAGACAUCAUCUUUGAGCUGCGCAGGAUUGCGUUUGAUGGAGAGAAUGACACGGGGGGCACAGAGAAGAGGAAGGCCAUGUACACAAAGGACUACAAGAUGCUGGGCUUCACCAACCACGUGAACCCCGCCACGGACUUCACCCAGACGCCCCCCGGCAUGCUGGCCCUGGACAACAUGCUGUACCUGGCCAAGCUGCACCAGGACACCUACAUCAGGAUCGUCCUGGAGAACAGCAGCCGCGAGGACAAGCACGAGUGUCCGUUUGGCCGCUGCGCCAUCGAGCUGACCCGCAUGCUGUGUGAGAUCCUGCAGGUCGGAGAGCUCCCGAAUGAAGGCUGCAACGACUACCACCCCAUGUUCUUCACCCACGACCGGGCCUGGGAGGAGUUCUUCUGCGUCUGCAUCCAGCUGCUCAACAAGACAUGGAAGGAGAUGAGGGCAACGGCUGAGGACUUCAACAAGGUGAUGCAGGUGGUCCGGGAGCAGAUCACCAGGGCGCUGGCCAUGAAGCCGGCCUCCCUGGACCAGCUGAAGAGCAAGCUGCGCAGUCUGAGCUACUCUGAGAUCCUGCGUCUCCGCCAGACGGAGAGAAUGAGCCAGGAUGAUUUCCAGUCUCCACCAAUCAUUGAGCUGCGGGAGAGGAUCCAGCCCGAGAUCCUGGAGCUCAUUAAGCAGCAGCGCCUCAACCGCCUGUGCGAGGGAAGUUGUUUCCGCAAGCUGGGGAACCGCCGGCGGCAAGAGAAGUUCUGGUUCUGCCGCCUCUCCCUGAACCACAAGGUGCUGCACUACGGGGACCUGGACGAGUCCCCACAGGGGGAGGUUCCCUUUGAGCUGCUCAGCGACAAGAUUCACGUGUCAGACGUAAAGUCUGUGGUUACGGGGAAGGACUGCCCACAUAUGAAAGAGAAAAGUGCGCUGAAACAGAACAAGGAGGUGCUGGAGCUAGCAUUCUCUGUUUUCUACGAUCCUGAUGAGACGCUGAACUUUGUAGCGCCAAACAAAUAUGAGUACUGCAUUUGGACCGACGGGCUUUGUGCGCUGCUGGGCAGAGAGAUGAGCAGUGACCUGACACGCAGCGACCUGGACACUCUCAUCAACAUGGAGAUGAAGCUCCGCCUCCUGGACCUGGAGAACAUCACCAUUCCCGAAGCCCCGCCCCCUGUGCCAAAGGAGCCCAGUUCAUACAACUUCACCUACAACUACAGUUGAGGUGUGCGUGCAGGAGUCUGUGUGUGUGUGUGUGUGUGUGUGUGCGUCCGUCUGUCUGUGCGAGUGUGUUAUUUGUGUGCAUGAGUAUAGUAGGUACGGGCAUACUCUAGUUCGAGAGUAGAUAAAUAUAAAGUCAAAAAUAAUUGUGUCUAUUUUUAGCUACAUCACAGGACUAUUUUGUUUAGCCCUUGAUACUGCAUUCUAGCUUCAUGAUUAUAUUCUAUUUGUAUCUGAGUAAUUAGCUUUUACAUUCUUAAAAGAUGCUGCCAAGGAGAUGUGGUAGGUGUAGUCAUUUGUGGGUUAUUCACCUUGGCCUCCAUAUUCGACAAAAUAUAUUGUGCAACAGUUAGCGAGUGACUGACAUUCCAUUAUCGUUAGAUUAUAUAAAAAGCCCAUGUUUGUCAGAUACAUUUCUGAAAAAACAAGUAAUGGACAACUAAAAGCCUACUCACCAGAUUAAUCACAAGUAACCUUGAAGUAUUAAUCCUUGAUAAGGAAUCAAAUUUAAACCAAGAAUUUAAAAAGCUACAUUCCUAUUAUGUAUACGUGUGUGUGUGUGUGUCCGUGAAUCAAUUUGUGCCAAUUCAGAUUUAAAGAUUUUGUCUUUAAAGAUAGAGCAAAGUUUUGCCUGCUUUAAAUAAUCGGCAAAAGAUAAUCCAUACGGUACUUAUCCAUAAGGAAAAUAUUGUCUAAAUCAGUCAUAACACUAUAAAACCUGUUUUUUCUCGCAAAAAACACAGCCUUAGCAGUAAUAAUGUCUAUAUAUUUCAAAACAUUUUUUGUGAUAGUUAUGCGUUUUUUCUCACUGCAUUUUGUUACUCCAUCUGGUGUGCCCUCACAAAAAAAAAAAACUUCUCACACUUCUAAUGCUAAAAUAUUCUGCUCAGUCGUUUUUUUAAUCCUGAGUCUUCAGGCCUCUUUAAUUAUCAUCUUUUUUUUAAAGUUCAUAUCAACGAAGACCAUUUCCCCAGCCUUGCCUUAGUACAAGUGCUGCAAGUAAAAUGUCGGAAAUGUGUUUCAUAAACAUGAAACAGCUCGCAUUUUUGCAUUUCAAGCAGUCUUGAUGGUGUGCGUAAAAACGUAAAAAUAUAUUUCAUUUGAUUUUUAUAAUUUCAAUAUGUUUAUUGCGUAUUUUUCGUGUUGUAUUUGUGUUACUUUUAUCUUCUAUGGGUAUUCAUUGCGAGUGGAUAUUGUCAUUUCAAAUGCAGAAUAUAAAUAUAUUUUUAUAAACUAUUGUGUAACUUUGCCGGCUGUGAAACAAAAUUGAUAAUGACGUAGUCACACUGGUCUAUUUAGUCAACCCUCGGUACGGCCUCUGUAACGGCAGUCAUGUCGUCUCAUGGGGACAGUUUAUAUGUAUUGGCAUUUAUUAUUUGUUGAAAAAAGUAAAAUCAUGAAUGUCACGUGUUUCAAUACUAAUAUGACCGGUUGACCUUUUCCAGGUAACAAAAAAUUGAAGUAAAUAAUGCCUUUUACUGCUGAUCCUGUGGCAGCGCUAGUGAGUUCUCUUUGAAAUGUGUAUGAUUUCAUGUGGCAGGUGGUGAUGUAUUUUGUAUUUUAUUUUUAUCUUUUGUAUUUUAUUUUGCUCCUCAAAUGUUGAAGCUGCUAUCAGAAUAGUGUACAGCAACAGCUAUAAUUCAUCAGUAACCACCAACAAACGUUUGUUGUUGCGCUGGAUGUACUAACUCUGGACACUUGGAGGUCUGAGCAUCUUGCUUGACCCGCUAAACCACUUAUAGCUACUUGCUAGUGCUAGUUACAAAUGACGUGUUGUAAAGUACAAAAUAACAACAUUCAAUCUAAAUAUGUUUUUCAUAAUUAGAUACCUGUAUAUAUAGUGUGUUACUUCAUUGAAACAUGUAUGUGUGAAUAAAUACAAAG